GCCGGGCAGGGGCCGCCGGGCCGGGCCGCGGGGAACCGGUGCCGGGAGGAGGCGAAGCUGGGCCCGUGGCUGGUGGUUGGGAAUCCGCUGACGGAGACAGCCGGGGGCAGGGGGAACACGAGGCAGAGAGCCUGCCCCACAUACCCGCCUGCUCCAGGCGAGAUCGGGGAGCCCUGUCCUGGGGUGCUCAGCCAGAGCGGAGCAGAGUUCGGGGCACUGCUCACCGGCACCUUGCACUGGCCCUCCAGGCGGGGUGGACAUGGGCAUUGGCUGUGCCCUGGCGUGCAGGGGCCCCGGGGCUGCCAGUGACUGGGCCGGGCCGGGGGUGUAACUGGUUCCAUGGACAUGGCGGCGAGGGACAGGUUUGCAGAGAUGCAGGACAGGCUUCGAAUUCUGGAGGACCUCAACAUGCUGUACAUCCGGCAGAUCGCGCUCAGCCUGCAGGACACGGACAUCCAGAAGAAGAUUGACCAUGAGCUCCGGAUGCGUGAAGGUGCCUGCAAGCUGCUGGCAGCCUGCACACAGCGGGAGCAGGCGCUUGAGGCAACCAAGAGCCUUCUGGUCUGCAACAGCCGCAUCAUGGCCUACAUGGCCGAGCUGCAGCGCAUGAAGGAGGCGCAGGUGGCGCAGAGGACGGUCCGGCGCCCCUCGGACGCUGGCCCCAUGGACGAUCGCUUACCCUGCAGGGGGAAGGUCUGCGUGUCAGAUCUCCGGAUCCCCUUGAUGUGGAAGGAUACGGAGUAUUUCAAAAACAAGGGAGACCUGCAUCGCUGUGCCGUGUUCUGCCUGCUGCAGCUCGGUGUGGAGAUCUAUGACACCGAGAUGGUGCUGGUGGACCGGACGCUCACUGACAUCUGCUUUGAGAACGGGGUCCUCUUCACGGAGGCAGGCCCAGACUUCGAGCUGAAGGUGGAGCUGUACAGCGCAGGGCUGGAGGAGGACUCUGCGCUUGGUAGCACCCCAAAGAAGCUGGCCAGCAAACUGAGCAGCUCGCUGGGACGUUCCUCCGGGAAGCGGCUGCGUGCGGCGUUGGACGGGGCCCCAGGGAGCCCCGUGAGUAAUGGGGGGAGCAGCCCCCUCCUGCUGCCGGCCCCCAGCGUGGCGGGCCCCAAGUACCACCUGCUGGCCCAUACCGUGCUCUCACUGGCCGAGGUUCAGGACAGCUUCCGUACCCAUGACUUGGCCAUCACCAGCAAUGAGGAGAGCUCCUUCUGGCUGCCCCUCUAUGGCAGCAUGUGCUGCCGCCUGGCUGCCCAGCCCAACUGCAUGGCCCAGCAGAUGAUGUGCGGCUUCUUGAAAUUGCAGCAGCAGGUGGGCGAGCAGCAGAGCUGGGCGCGGCUGUUCUGCGUGCUGCGGGGCUCCAACCUCCUCUGCUACCGCCGGCCCCAAGACACCGAGGCCCUGGUGGAGCCGGCACUCACCAUUGCCAUCAACAAGGAGACGCGGAUCCGGGCCACGGAGAAGGACCCCAGGAACAAGCUGCAGAGCAUGUCGGUGACCAACCGCUAUGGGGGGGAGGAGGUGACGCACACGCUGCUGGCGGAGAGCCGGGCCGACACGCAGCGCUGGAUGGAGGCCUUCUGGCAGCACUUCUACGACUUGAGCCAGUGGAAGCAGUGCUGUGAUGAGCUGAUGAAGAUCGAGGUGCCAUCCCCACGCAAGCCCCCAGCCCUGCUGGCCAAGCAGGGCUCCCUGUACCAUGAGAUGGCUAUUGAGCCUGUGGACGACAUUGAGGCCGUGACGGACAUCCUGGCGCGGCGGGUGACGGCCCUGGAGCUGCGGCCAGACCUUGGCUGCCCCCCAUGGCUGUCUCUCUUUGAGGGGCCCCUGCUCAGCGCGUCCCAUGCCAGCAUCACUUCUGAGACGGCCAGCGCCAGCCCCUCUCGCUCACGCCCGCCGUGGGGCCGGCCCCGCACGCUCUCCCUGGACGCCAGGCUCAGCACGCUGAAGGGGCGUGCUGGGAAGGGCCCCGCCACCGCCCUGCGCCUGCUGGCCGGCCCCCCCCACUCCAGCUCCUCCAGCAGCGGCAGCACCACCCCCGAGUCAGAGCGCCAGGGCCGCUGCCCCACUCGCCCCACCCUGGAUCCUCGCAGCUGUCUGCAAUCCCAGGUCUGAGCAGCAGGGGGUGCCCGGAGGCGGCACCUGCACCCUGACCAGGACUGGAGGUGAUGGGGAAGAUGCCCUGGGCAGGGGCCCCCUCAUGGCCCAGCCAGCCCCAUGGACCUCUGCUCCGGCAGCAGCGUUGGCUGAGCCGCGGUGUCAGUUC